CUGCACACGCCGCCAUGCCUAAGCGGGGCUGUGCUCUAGUACGUGCUCUCUGACCCCAGUGGCAGUCCCUUUUCACUACACUGCGGUCGAGGCUCCCCCUCUCCCAGAUCGAGGCUUGCUCCUUCUCUGUCUCUCCCUCCCUCGCUCCGUCUCUGUCUGUCUCGCCUGCUCUCGAGCUAGCCCGGAGGUCCCUCAGGGUCGAAGGUUCUGCCCUGCCUGCUCCGCGUUCCACCCCUCGGCCACCGAAAUCUGCAUUGCCGCUCGCAUGGACCAGCGUCUUUAAGUGCCAAGAGGGCGACCCCGACACGUACCGGCCACUGAAAGUGUCCCCAGACUUGGUUGUCAAUCGCUGAUCAGCAAGAGAAGGAGGAGAAGGAGAAGGAGAAGGCGGAGGAGGCCACCAUUUUUUCCCCCUCCGUGUGUGUGUGUGCUUUUUUAAAACAAUCCCUCCACCGCCCCGAGUGGCGGUUUGUUUGAAAAGAUGCCGGCCAAGCGUCUGGGCGCUGGGACGUGGUGAACCCGUUUUUCUCAUGGUGUGCGUGUAAAGCAGAAUGGCCCACGGAAUGCCGACACAGGGCAAAGUUACCGUUACCGUGGACGAGUAUAGCUCGAACCCCACACAGGCCUUCACACACUACAACAUCAACCAGAGUCGCUUUCAGCCGCCCCAUGUUCACAUGGUGGAUCCCAUCCCGUACGACACCCCCAAGCCGUCUGGCCACACGCGCUUCGUCUGCGUGUCGGACACGCACUCGCGGACAGAUGGCAUCCAGAUGCCGUACGGCGACGUCUUGCUGCACACGGGCGACUUCACCGAGCUCGGCCUCCCCUCCGAGGUCAAGAAGUUUAACGACUGGCUAGGCAGCCUCCCGUACGAGUUCAAGGUGGUGAUCGCCGGUAACCACGAGCUGACGUUCGAUAAGGACUUCAUGGCCGACCUGGUGAAGCAGGACUACUACCGCUUCCCCUCCGUCUCCAAGCUCAAGCCAGAGGACUUUGACAACGUCCAGUCCCUGCUCACCAACUGCGUCUACCUGCAGGACUCCGACGUCACCGUCAAGGGCUUCCGGAUAUACGGCACGCCGUGGACCCCGUGGUUUAAUGGCUGGGGCUUCAACCUGCCGCGGGGCCAGUCCCUGCUUGAUAAAUGGAACCUCAUACCUGAGGGCAUCGACAUCCUGAUGACCCACAACCCUCCCCUAGGAUUUCGGGAUUGGGUUCCUAAGGAGCUCCAGAGAGUGGGCUGUGUGGAACUGCUCAACACGGUGCAGAGGAGGGUCCGGCCCAAACUACACGCCUUCGGAGGCAUCCACGAAGGUUACGGCAUCAUGACGGACGGAUUCUCGACGUUCGUCAACGCGUCGGUGUGCACGGUCAGCUUCCAGCCCACCAACCCCCCUAUCGUCUUCGACCUCCCCAACCCCAGCAGCUCAUGAGGGGGGGAAGCCUGCGAAGCAAGCAAGGCGAGGAGACGCAGACACGGACACCCACCCUUCUCCUCCUCCUCCGCUUUCUUUUAGUUUUUCUAAAUAGUGAUUCUUAUCUUGUGUUUUUAUUUUAUUUUGUCUUAUUUUUUCACCCCUAAGUAUUAGACCUUUUCUAUACUGUCAAAGGAGGGUGGA